GCACUGCAACGCAGCAACGCAGACCCACCCACUCCUUAUUGCCAUGGAAGGCAAGAUAUGUGCUAACUGCGGCAAGGAGGGAAAGGUGAUGCAGUGCUCCCAGUGUGGCAUCACCUUCUACUGCUCUUCGGAAUGUCAACGCGACCACUGGAAGACGCACAAACCCAACUGCCACCCCUUCGCCGGCGAGAACGUCGUCACCCUCAAACCAACCUACAUGGGCGCCGGGAUGCACGCCUCCACUAUCUCGCCCACGACUCUGCAGCAGCGAACAGUCGCGAACACCAAAGACGCAUCGCGCAAGGGCAUCUUCAUCAAGAUCCAGGCGCCCGCCGCCCCGGCGACGGCGCCUCUGUACGUCUACAACAAGAAGCGGGACCUGCAGUGCUUCAUCCAUCGGGACAGCAAUGAGGCUGGGUACGACGAGGUGGUGGAGACGAUCCGCGCGCACGGCGUGAUGGGCAUGAAGGCGUACUUUUCGGCGUUUCUGAAGAACAAGAACGCGCUGGUGGUCAAGGUGUCUGAGGUGCUUGAGCCGCAGCCGUUCUAAACGCGUCGCGUCGCGGGAUGUGUGGGACAUGGGAUGUCGGAUGUUGAUGGUUUCGAUUAUGUGCUCGUUGGGUAGAGCACCCUGGGUCAUCAUUGUUCGUCUGCGUAAACACUGAUGUAACGACUCCGCUUUAGACAUGGUGCCUCUAUACCUUUGGCGACAGAACUAUUCAUCCCACCAAUACGUCACCUUCGUCCUCAAGCUAGAUAUGACGGAAUCAAGUACCCCUCGCACCUGAAUCCAAAGCCAUGAGCACUAGCGUAGCGUACUCGCUCCCUCUUACAGAAAUAUU